UUGUAAAUUUAAUUUGAUAAAAGAACAUGCGACAUCAUCUGGUGACAGAGAUUUAUUAUAGAAGGAAUGAGAUUCUGAUUACAGAGAGGAUUUUCACGUGAUUUCUGAGCUAUGAAUUCCUACUUUCCUUGUAUCGUAGCGUAUGCAAUGGACAAAUCCACAUUUGGCAGUGUGAUCCCAACACACGAAAAUCACUUGAGUUCUGAGGUUGGUCCAAGAAUGGCGAUUGAUCCACACUUAUUACUGUUCCUGCUUCUGGCCCCGUCAAACGCACAUUGCUCCAAACUCCAACGCCGUCAUCUUCCUCCCUUUGUUUUCACCGACGCAACCGCCCUCCUCGUCUUCAAACUAAAAGCCGACGUUAACAACCACCUUGACUUCUCCCCCCUCACGCGCGGCCUCCGCUUCUGCGCGUGGCAUGGCGUGGAAUGCAACGGCCCCAAAGUGCUGCGUCUCGUUCUCCAAAACUUAGAUCUCGGAGGCGCGUGGGCUCCCAAAACACUCACGCGUCUCGACCAGCUCCGAGUCCUCAGCUUGCAGAACAACUCACUCACCGGACCCAUUCCAGACCUCACCGGCCUCUUCAAUCUCAAAAGUCUCUUCCUUGAUAACAACCACUUCACCGCCUCUCUCCCUCCCUCACUCUUCUCUCUCCACCGUCUCCGAAACUUGGAUUUCUCUCACAACAACUUCUCCGGACCUAUUCCCGCCGCCUUCACCACCCUAGACCGCCUCCACAGCCUCCUUUUAAGCUUCAACUCCUUCAACGGUUCAAUCCCCCCGUUUAACCAAUCCUCUCUCAAAAUCUUCCGAGCCUCCGCCAACAACCUCUCCGGCGCGGUUCCCGUGACGCCGACGGUCUUCCGUUUUCCGCCUUCUUCCUUCGCGUUAAACCCUCAACUCUGCGGCGAAAUCAUCCGCGUACAAUGCCGUCCCGCACAGCCUUUCUUCGGACCCGUGGCGCCGCCUACGGCUGCGCUCGGCCAGAACGCGCAGGUUCACGGCGUCAACGGAAUUAUCCGGCAGCCGUACGAGAAGAAGCGCCACGACCGGAGGGCGCUGAUUAUUGGGUUCUCGGCCGGGAUAUUCGUUCUGGUUUGCUCGCUGGCGUGCUUGGCGGCGGCGGUGAGGAAGCAGAGGAGUCGGAGCAAGAAGGACGAGAGGACGGGGAUGAUGGCGGCUGAUGCGGCGGCGAGGGAGGAGGCCGCGGCGGUUAUGCGGAUGGAGAUGGAGGAGAAAGUAAAGAGAGCGGAGGUGGCGAAGAGUGGGGGUGAGGCGCAGGUGUACACGCUGGAGCAGCUGAUGAAAGGUUCAGCGGAGCUAUUAGGGAGAGGGUGUUUGGGAAGCACUUAUAAGGCGGUUCUUGAUAACCCUUUGAUGGGCUUGGCAUGCAGUUCGAGAUCAAGCAGGGCAAGGCCAUUGCAUUGGACAUCAUGCUUAAAAAUAGCAGAGGACGUAGCACAAGGUCUGGCCUUCAUCCACCAGGCAUUGAGAUUGGUCCAUGGCAAUCUCAAGUCCUCCAAUGUUCUUCUUGGACCGGAUUUUGAGGCAUGCAUUACUGAUUACUGCCUUUCUGUGUUGACUCACCCAUCCAUAUUCGACGAAGAUGGGGACUCAGCAGCAUACAGAGCUCCAGAAACUCGCAACCCCAAUCAUCACCCAACCCACAAAUCCGAUGUUUAUGCGUAUGGGAUUUUGUUGCUUGAGCUUCUGACUGGGAAAUUUCCCUCCGAGCUCCCAUUCAUGGUUCCUGGUGACAUGUCAAGUUGGGUGAGGUCCAUCAGGGAUGACAAUGAGAACGAAGAUAACCGAAUGUACAUGCUUCUUCAGGUGGCUACAACUUGUAGCUUGACCUCACCUGAGCAGAGGCCAACUAUGUGGCAGGUCUUGAAGAUGUUGCAGGAAAUCAAAGAGAUUGUACUGUUGGAGGAUAGUAGUCAAUUAGACCUACGCAGUAGUAAUGCCAUACCUUAAGUCUUAUUUUUUUUUCGGUUUAAUUAUGCGAUAAACGGUGGAUAGAAGGACAGAAGAGUAGUAUAUUAACCGGGUAAAAAAGUUAAGAAAGAAAUCCAGAAAUAAUACUUUGUUGUAUUCCUUAAAUAGAAUUUACCAUCUUGGUAUUAACCUUGUAGAUUAGGGAGAGCGCAUAACUUCCCUUUUAGACUAAAUAUUGCCAUUCUUGGUUUCUUAGACUUUAUUUUGAGCUUUUGUUUUUUAGUGUUGAAAACUAUCAGUUGU